AUGUCUACGGGAAAUUGCUCUAUGACUGAGCUUCUGGAAGCGAUAGAUAACUCGACGCCUGACUCUCUUUUUGAUGCGGAUGCUUUCCCCGAUUUCUUCGGUCAUAACGCACAAUUCUCCGAGGAUGACACCACUCCAAGCCUAGGCCAAUCUACCUCUGGCAUCUCACGGUCAAGCGUUGUACCUGCAGGCGCACCAACAUCGCCAAGUAUACACAUCUAUCUGGGCUCCCUGGGAGAAGUGCAGCCAAUCCAAAGUAGUAUGCCGGCCUGGCAGUGGGUGAUCAACGAGCUCAAGAGCUACCCUCGAGAAUUUGCCCAGCGCGGGGAGGCAAUCUUCCUCCAUAGGGAGCUGUACCGUGACUCCCUACCACAAGCUAUCCGCGCAGCAUAUGGCCUCUCAUCAAACCAGUGCCUCACUUCCGAGACCAACCAGGAGCUGCUCUUCCGCAUCAUCGACGCCGAGGUCCUCGAGCUACUCAAACCUUCACAUAACACAGAGAUCCUAGAAGAAUUGGCCAGGCUACAGGCAUUUGUCUUCUACCAGACUAUCCGAUUCUUCCACGGCGGACUCGGACAGCGCUCUAUGGCCGAGCAACAACAGAGCCUUGUAAUGACCAUGGCCCUAAAACUCCUUUCCCGAUCUCAGACCGAGUUCGGAGACAGCGAGGCCGGCAACUGGCGGACUUGGAUUCUUGCAGAGUGUGUUCGUCGAACUGCCAUCGUGGUAUACUUCCUCUACGGCAUCAACUCGGUCUUCAGAGACGGCAUCUGCGUUGGAUUGCAUACGUUAGUCAAGUUGCCCCUCUCAACGACGAUUAGCUCCUGGGGCUCAGAGAGCAAUCAUUCGCACCAGGGAUGUGGGACUACGAUACCAUACGAGACGUUCUUAUCUCACUGGCUUGCUUCGACGCCGCGAAAGCUGGAUCCGUUUGAGAAGUUGCUUCUUGUUCCGUGCCAGGGGCUUGAUACUGUCGAGCUUUAUGAUUUGGCUGCGUAG